AUCCACCCAAAAUAAAUUAACCUCAUGUGCGACGUGCUACCCUAAUGUAUCAUCGUCCAUUUCCGAAUCCCUUCUUCGAAUGUUAAAGCCUCUGCUGCUCUGUAGCAAGAGUCAGAGACACGUGGUAGUGGAUGGAAGACUUGGAAGAACAAAGAAUGAGAGAAAGGAAUUGAAUCGAUCGAUCCGAAUUCUAAAGUAUCCACGAGCCGAGCGGCGAAACCUCUGCGAUAAUUUAUCAGCCAUUUCGCCCAAUUUGCUCCCACUCUGCAAUCUGAAUCUGCAUCCAUUAAACUAGAUAUUCGACAACAUUGCGCUGGGCUCGCUGAAGCUGUUUGGCUGAAGAAAAUUUCACUUUGAGUUUGGUGCGUUUGAUUGCAGCUAUGCUUAUCUGUGGUCCUGAAUUUUAGGUGAUGAUAGGCUCGACUACAUGAUAAAAGCUUACAAAAAGAAUGAUGAGCAAUAACAGCGAACAUGAGAAGAAGUCUUCACCUGGUAACUUGAAGAAACUGAAGGAGUUAUUGCAUAGAAGUGAUAAUCGGAUUUGUGCUGAUUGCAGUGCACUAGAUCCUAAGUGGGCGUCAGUUAAUAUCGGCGUAUUUAUAUGUGUAAAAUGUUGUGGUGUACAUAGAAGUCUUGGCACCCACAUCUCAAAGGUUUUAUCGGUGACACUGGAUGAAUGGUCAGAUGAGGAAAUUGUAUCUAUGAUAGAAGUUGGCGGGAACUCUUAUGCGAAUUCAAUAUAUGAAGCUUUCCUUCCUCUGGAUUUUACAAAACCUACAGCAAAUUCAAGCCAUGAGGAGAGAGCUAAGUUCAUCAGGUCCAAGUACGAGUUUCAAGAUUUCUUGAAACCAAGCCUGCGUAUUGUUUCUUCAAAGAGCUCUUCCUCUUCGAAGAACUCUUUCCGGUCAUCCGACUCCGUAAAGGAAAGCUAUAGUGGUUUGGAUUCCAACAGCUCGGCAGGUAUGGUAGAAUUCAUAGGAAUUCUGAAGGUCAAAGUGAUACGAGGCAGAAGUUUGGCUGUUAGGGAUAUGUUAAGUAGUGAUCCGUAUGUUGUUUUGACCCUUGGGAAGCAGAAAGCCAAAACCUCUGUUAUUAAGAGCAAUCUGAACCCAGUUUGGAACGAGGAGCUUAAACUUUCAGUUCCUCAACAUUAUGGCCCCCUGAAGCUGCAAGUAUUUGAUCAUGACUUACUCUCUGCUGAUGAUAUAAUGGGAGAGGCUGAGAUCGACUUGCAACCAAUGAUCACUUCAGCAAUGGCAUUUGGAGACCCUGACUCGCUCUCUGACAUGCAAAUCGGUAGGUGGCUGAAAUCACACGACAAUGCCCUAAUGCAGGACAGUAGUGUCAGGAUUGUCGAUGGAAAAGUGAAGCAGGAGAUGUCUCUCAAGCUCCAGCAUGUGGAAUCUGGGGAGAUUGAGCUGGAACUAGAGUGGAUCGCUCUGGUGAAUGAGUAGAUUUUGAUUCCCCAUCUAACUCAAAUGGAUCAUUCUGUUUUCCAAUGAAUUUGCUGCAUCUGAAAUCUCUAUACCAGGUAAUCCCAGACCUUUGAUUAAGGCUUUGUUUGGGACGACUUUUUUAAUGCUUCUUAAAUCAGCUUUUUAGUGUAAAUUUUUUAAUUUUUGUACUAAAAAGUUGCUUUAAAAAGUAGUAAAAAAGCUGCCCCAAAUGAAGCCUAAGCUGAAGAUUGCUUUUUCAGUUUUCUUGUUUUUUUUAUGUGCUGAUGAGUGUUACAUAAUUCAGUAAAUAUUUGGUUGAAAGGUAGACUGGUUAGUUUACAUUGUCUGGUUACAAUAUAUUUGGGAAUUCUACCAAUAAUCUUGUAUUGAAAAUAUUUUGGAGUACCGACCCUUAUUAGUCUGUA